AUGUAUAUUUUCAAAAUUGUUAUUCUAUAUCUUGUAGCAAUACAUCAUAGUUAUGGACAGGCACGUGAUGGAGCCGAUGCAAGUUCAACAGACGUUGGUAUUGGAUGUUUUUCUGAUGAUUCAUCGGUUAUGUUAACUAAUGGUAAACAAAAACAAAUCAGUUAUCUUCAAACAGGUGAUGAAAUUCUUGCUGUUGAUCAUUUGAAAAUAAUUCCUACUGAAAUGGUUUUUAUGUUGGAUAAACAAAGAUCAAAACAAGCUAAAUUUUAUACAUUCAUAACUGAUUCGGGUCAUCAAAUAAGUUUAACAGGUCUCCAUUUAAUUCCGAUUAUUUCUUCAAAUAACAAAAUGAAUUAUAUCGCAGCUCGGCAAGUUCAGUUGGAUGAUCAAUUGUAUGUUCGUAUGAGUGGUCACAUGAAAUCUUCAGCCGUUAGAAAUAUAACCAUAGAAAUAAAAAAAGGAUAUUUUGCUCCAUUAACAUUGACAGCUCGUUUUAUUUCUGUCAAUGAACCAUUUAAUAAUAAUCGAACAGAUGGAAUACAUUGGCUUGUUCAAUUUAUUUAUCA